AUGCUAAGGAAUCCAAAAGUAAAGGAAUCUUUAACUUCUCGAUUAGAAUAAUAAGAAUGUUGUAAAUUGUAAGGACAUGAAAAUAACUUGAUCCAAUUUAUUUGUGCUUGUCAUGAAUGCCCAUAUCGUUAUUAAAAGGCAUGUGCACAUUGUGUAAUUAAAUUACAUGGGAAACAUGUAGAAGAUAUGAAAGAGAUAGAAGAAUUUGAUUAAAUUAUUAAUGAAAAUAGUAGGAAAGCAAAGAAUUUAAUGAAAGAGAGUGAAGAACUAAUAAUGAAAUUGAAAAAUCCAUUUUAGAAUUUCUUUGAAUAAUUGAAAUUACAAUUAAAUGAAAUGAUAGAUAGUAUUCAAUAAAGAUAUUUAAUAUAAAAUUAAGAGAGAGCAUAAUAACUAAUAAGGAAUGAAUUAGAUUUUAUUAAUUAAUUCAAUUAGAAUGUGAAUACAAAACAAAACCGCUAUUUGAAUGAUCAUACAUUAAAAUAAUAUAGUAAUUCAAUAAAAACAGCAUAAGAGAAAUUGAAUAAUGCACUUUCUUUAUUUGAAUUGAAAUAGUUAUUGGAAUCAAAUUUAAUAUUAUUAUUAGAGGAUUUUGGCAAAAAUACAGGAAUCAGUUAUAUUAGUAAUACAAGUCGAAAUACAAGUUAAAGACAUAGUAGUUGUCAUAAUAUAAUGACUCCAAGAUCUGCAUUGAAUGUGUUUAAUCACAAUAUUAGUGUAGUGAGAUCUAAAAAAAUUAGAAAUUGA